UUCUGUCUUGCAAGUUCAUACUGCUUGCUCCUAUCUCUCCCAGGAGGGGAUCACUCAGGACCGAGGCCCCUGGAGGUCCCAGGCUGGCCAAGUGGCCAUGCUGGACCCAGAAGGGCAACAGAGGUCCCAGCCCUCCUCAUAGCUAGUGCAGAGUGACCAGCGCACAAGGAGCCAUGGACAGCUUCAUGGAGUCGCUGAACAGACUGAAGGAGGCCCAUGAGAAGGAGGUCCUGGGCCUGCAGAACAAGCUGCUAGAACUGAACUCAGAGCGGUGCCGGGAUGCCCAGAGAGUAGAGGAGCUCUUUGCCAAGAACCACCAGCUCCGGGAGCAGCAGAAGGCACUGAAGGAGAACCUGAGGGUGCUGGAGAACAGGCUGCGGGCUGGCUUGUGCGAUCGCUGCAUGGUCACUCAGGAGCUGGCCAGAAAGAAGCAGCUGGAACUGGAAAGUGCACGCCUGCAGAGCCUGCAGCAUCUCUGCAUCCUCACCAAUGAGAUGAAUGGGCUGAGGGAAGAAAACAAGCUCCUGAAGGAAGAAGUGAGGAGGCUUCAGAGCCUGGGAGACAAGGCUGCACCCCAGGCCUGGGAGGGCACCUCAGGGCCCCCAUCACCCAUGCCUCUUCCCUCACCCGGUAACCGGAAGGGUGCCACCGAGAACCCCCCAGGAAGCCCGGAGGAGGCUGAGGAAGAACAGCCAGGCACAGAGAAGGUGUCAAGCCACAAGACAUCCCCGGUGGCCAGAAUCUCCCCAGUUGCCAACCUGCCUGAGCCACGAGCCCUGGACAUGAGCCCUCAGUGCAUCUCCAACCAACUGCACUCGACAGUAGCUGUGGUGCGGCCAGGCUCCCGGGCCUGCCCACCAGACUGUGGCACUGCCAACGGCACACCCCCACCGCCAUCCACCAGAAGCAGCCCACCCAGCCCAGCAUAUGAACAUGGCUUCCCUGUGGACAGCUUCCUGCGGGUCUCCCGGCCAUCAGCCAUAGCCUAUGAGACCCUGAAGCGCUCCCUUCAGACGGAUCGCCUCUGCCUUCUGAAUCGCCACCUGUCUCUGCACCUGCAAAGCCCCCACAGCAGCCCCCUGGCUCCUGCUAUAGCUGCCCAUAGCUCCCUGCCCCAGGGCCUGAAGACUAGAGAGGCAGAGGCAUGGGAGGAGCCGGGUGCCUUGGUGGGCAUACAGGACCCACGGCUGGAAGGAGCACUGCAGCUGUUGCUGGUUCAGCAGCAGCUGCGAGCCCGGGCACGGGCAUGCAGUGCCAGGCUGAGGGUCCCGUCCACACAAGAAGACGUGCCAUUUUCCCCACCAGCUGGCUCGGAUUCUGAGAACUCAGAGAGUGAGGCCCCCAGGACAGCUCUGAGCACAGAGGCCCAGCCUGAUGGGUGGCACCCUCAGUCCACAGGCCAGUGUAGCCCCCCAAGGAAGGAGAUACAUGUGACCACUCAGGACUGUCCCCCAGACAAGCCUCUGGACCUCUCUGACCGGGGACGGUGUCGGGACAUCCCCAAGUCCACUCUCAGCACCACAGCUGGCCACACUCCCAGCCCCCAGCUGACCACCUUGUCCAGACCCGUGAUUCACAACCCCCAUACUCUCAGCAAUGGCAGCAGCACACAGACCAGAGCUCGGGAGCCUGAAGAACACUCCACUCCCAAGGAUACCUCACACCCUCUCCCAGGGACCCAUGCCAGCCUGACCUCUCCUGGAAGAACAGCAGAGGAGGCUGGAGGAAGGCCCAGGCCAGUGCCCCACCUGCAGAGGCCUGACACUGAUGGGACCACAGAGCCCAGCAAGGUCAGGUCACAGAGGCCAGAGUUGGAACAACUGGAAGAGUCAGACACCAAGGUGGGUCUGACCUCUGAAGCAAGUUCAGAGCCAAGCGUGCUAGAAGAGGGACAUGCUGAGGACCAUCGACAGGGUCCACAACAGAAGAGGAAGCGGACCUCAGAUCUUCAGGACAAAGCCCUCAAGAAGCCAUCUCAAGGGAGGAGGAAACCGAAGGAAUCUCUGACCCCAGCAGACAGCCCCAGGAGCCCAAGGGACAUGGAAGACUUCAGCCUCUCCCCCAUUAACAACUGCCAGGAGUCCUAACCCACCAGACUGAGGGACACUGCAUUUGCCCAGAUGUGUCUUUCUGUCACAGACUAUUGCUUGCACAAGUCAAAGCACCCAACCUGAAGAUAGCUUGGAACAGUCAGAGCACCCAGGCUCUUCCUACUUUCAGAGGGGCUGGUGCACCACACCCCUGUCCCAGGUCUCUGGACGGCUCCUCCCCCUCUCAGCACUGUAGGAAGAUGGAACAACACCUGCAGGCAGGAUAGGGAAUAGGGAGAGCCUCCGUCCAGCCCCACCCCCUGCUUCUUUUUCUAGGCAACGCCCCCACCUCCCGAGCAAUUGACUAUGCAGACUUUUCCAGGUCAGGAAGGAUGCCUCAGACAGCGGUCUCAGGCGCCCCCUUGUGGAGUCUGAGCAAAUGCAGCCAGCAAAGGGGGGGGGGGAGGCAGUGUGCAGGUUGCCCGGUUAGAUGUGACCUUCGGAGAGCUCAGAGAAGAAUAUGAACGGCAUCGACUCAUUUAGGCAGGUGAUCCAGGACUAACUGGGCCUAAGCUCAGGAAGACAGAGCAAAAGCAGCCCUUAUGUUCUAUCGAGCCCCCGCAGACAAUCUGGUGCUGGUGAGGAGGAGACUCAGGGACCUGUGUGUAUGAAGUUUAAGAACAAAAACAGGCACUGUGGGCAAAUGGGUGAAAUCACCAGAGUCAGGGCCCAGUGUGGGGAGAGAUAAGGAAGAGAGAAGGUGACUUGGGGAGGUCAAGGAAGGCAGCAUCUAAAACUUAAAUUUGGAUUUUGAGGGGUGAAUAGGAGUGUGCCAAGCAGGUAAAGUUCCUGGUAUACUUUUAUAAGUGUCUAGAUGCCUGGUAAGAUGUCAGGGUGAAGGCCGAACAGAACUCACUUGACCAUGACUGCGUGAGGAAGGCCCGAGCUGGCCUAGUCAGGUAGAAGGGACCCCAGCACAAAGAGUAUGGAGAGUAGGAAUUUCAGUUGUAAGAGUCUGAAAUUUCUGGACCUGGAGAAGCUGUCCCUGGGACUGAGUGAGACCUGGGCUUGAUGAGGGGUACCAUUCUCCACUGGGCCUCUCUACCUGCCACCUGAAAGUCCAGAAGACUAAAUUCCAAGGGAUAUGGGGGGGGGGCUGUGCAUGUGUGCAUGCAUGAGUGUGUGUGUGUGUGUGUUCAAAUAGUUGUUACAUGUUUCUUAAGUUUUUUCAAAAUUAAAUAAAACACAAGCUGUAUGCUUUAUCUACUCUAA